GAGGUGGUUAUAAGGUGUGCAGUUAAAAUUUGUUGCUUUUAUCUACUACGUUUCUUUAUUAUAAAUAGUAAAUGAACUGUUUUUCAUUUGUAUAAAUACUGAAGUAUAUUGGAAUGGUAACUCUGAACAUUAAGAGAAACCUACGACCGAAUUGUAGUUCAUAGGUUAAUCAAGUGAGAGGUAACGGAGAAAUAAGAAAUUAUCAAAAACAUCGUUUGUCCAAAUGGCUCUUGCAAAUAUAUCUGGAAUUCCUGAUAAGCAUUGGCAACCACCGUUUGUUGCGUUAGAAACAACAAUGGGCGAAAUACUCAUUGAACUCUAUUGGAAACACGUGCCAAUUACAUGUAGAAAUUUUGCUGAGCUUACACGACGUGGAUAUUACAAUGGAACAAAAUUUCACCGAGUCAUUCGGGAUUUCAUGAUACAAGGUGGUGACCCUACAGGAACAGGAAAAGGUGGUGUGUCUAUUUAUGGAGAAUGUUUCGAUGACGAAAUUCACGAUGAUCUAAAGCAUACAGGUGCUGGAGUAAUCUCCAUGGCUAAUUCUGGACCAAACACUAAUGGAUCUCAAUUUUUUAUUACUUUGGCACCUACACAAUGGCUUGAUGGAAAACAUACCAUUUUUGGUAGGAUUCAAUCUGGCAUGGUAAUAGUAAAAAGGAUUGGUUUAGUAGAAACUGACAAGAAUGACAGACCUGUAGAUGAUAUAAAAAUUACUAAAGGAUCUAUAAGAAAUGCAUAG